AUGGACGUGAAAAAGGGCUCAGACUCCGAGACGUCUGCUCAACAUGAUGAGCACGAUCACCUCGUCUUGAUCCCCCACCCUAGUACUCACCCUCGAGACCCCUUGAACUGGACCUUGAGGCGGAAAUAUGUCAUUCUCUCUGUGCUAUGUCUAGCAUCGUUCUCUGGCGCAAUUGCGCCGCUGUCGGGACAGCUCAAUCUCGCAGACCAGGAGAAGCUGUACGGCAAAUCCAAGAUACAAGAGUCCUACGCUAACUCCGCCGCCUUGGCCGGCAUGGCCGCUGGUCCAUUCUUCUUCGCUCCCAUCUCUCACCUUCUGGGCCGCAGCUCCGUCAUUUUCUGGUGUAUUCUAUGCACACUCGUCUGCCAAGUCUGGGGGGCUGUCAUGACCCACUCGGAUGACUACAUUCCCUAUAUCAUGUCGCGACUAUUCGCGGGCUUCUUCGGCGCUGUUCCAACGGUGCUUGGCCCGCGCAUUCGUGGUCGGGCAUUCACGGCUCUGCAUAUGGCUUUUUUGUUCGGCACUAUUGCGGGACCAACUUUCUCCGGCUUUAUCUCGGCGAAUGCUUUCUUUCCCGUGGAGUUCUGGUGGACCGUUGGACUCCUGGGUUUCACGCUCAUUUGCUGUUUCUUGCUCCUUGAGGAAACUGGCUUCGAUCGCAGAUGUCUGGAAAAUAAUCCCGAGAUUCCGCGAGGACUUUUGGCGAAUCGUUCUGCGACUUUCUUCUUCGGACACAGUGUUGUGUUGCCGACUACUUGGAAAGAAACUGCCAAGAUUGGUGUGACACCUUUCCUCAUCGGCAUUUGUCCAGUGACUAUGAUCAUGGGCAUUUUCACUCUGAUCUCAUUUGGAUUCUACGUCGGCGUCAACGCCUUGACACCCGUCUGGCUUCAGAAACCCGCCGCAAAAGGCGGCUAUGGCUUCACGCUCAAGCAAAACGCCGCAUUCACAUUCUGCCAUUGGAUCGGUAUCAUAAUCGCGUUCUUCUUCGGGCACGAAUUAAAUGACCGCAUUCCGCUCGCUCUGGCGCGACGGUUCAACAAUGGAGCAUGGAAGCCCGAGUAUCGCCUUCACGUCCUCUGGCUCCCAAGUCUCAUCAUCAACCCAAUUGGUCUUGGAAUCUUUGGCGCAGCCUUGCAGUACCACCUACACUACAUGAUCCUCGCAUUGGCUGUGUUCCUUGUUACCAUUGGAUCUUUGUCCAGCGUCCCAGUCACUGUAAAUUACGUUGUUGAAUCCUUCACUAAGUAUCCUGCUGAGGCGGGUAUCGUGAUCGGUGCAUACCGCAUCGUCUACGGGCUGACCAUCACUUUCUAUAUCAACCCCUGGGUCGCGGCCGUGGACGUGGGCUGGGUGUACGGUAUGAUGGCCUUCUUUGCUGUGUUCUCUUUCUUCUUCGUCAUGCUUCUUAUGUGGAAGGGCCAUGCUAUCCGAAGAAUACAGUUCGCUAGCUUGGCUUCCAGUGAGGAAGGAGAGAAGCUGAUCGAGUGA